CAAAGCAAUGGUGGGCUGGCUACUUCUACGGUGGCGAGUAACUUAAAAGUAAAAGGAGAGAAUUUUUAUCGAGAUGCAAAAAAAGUCAGAUUUGUCAAAAUGCUCAAAGGGGGGAAGGCAAUUAGGAAUUCAAAAGGAAAAAUUGUUAAAUCGGCACCUUAUCAAGGCAAGGAUGUUACAGUCGCAAGAGUACAGCCAGAUAGGCGAUGGUUCGGUAACACUAGAGUCAUCGGUCAAAAACAAUUAGAGGAUUUUCGCGAAAGUUUGGGAACAAAGGUUAAUGAUCCUUAUCAAGUACUACUUCGACAAAAUAAAUUGCCCAUGAGUUUAUUAAUUGAUCCGGCAAAAAUAUCACGAAUGCAUAUGGUCGAUACGGAACCAUUUUCAGAUACUUUUGGCCCGAAAGCACAGCGAAAACGACCAAAAUUGAACGUUGGCUCUUUGGAAGAUUUACUUAACAGUACUAGUCAAUCUUUGGAACAUUAUGAGGAGAAAAACGAUCCAUCAUUAUUAUCUAACAAAAUAACAGAUUGGAUUGACGAAGCAAGAGAUAGUGUAUUUUCUAAAGGGCAAUCCAGGCGGAUAUGGAACGAGCUAUAUAAGGUUAUAGAUUCGUCAGAUGUUGUAAUUCAUGUAUUGGACGCUCGUGAUCCCAUCGGUACACGAUGCAGAAAUGUGGAACAAUAUUUGAAAAAGGAUGCUUGUCAUAAACAUCUAAUUUUCCUUCUGAAUAAGUGUGAUCUCGUACCCACAUGGGUUACUUCAGGAUACCUUUUUCCAGUGAUUAUUAAUGUCAAUGGUCUUGUAAAAGAUUAUCCGUUAAACUUAUGGCAUAUUAACUUGCACAUUGUCCUGAACAUUCUUGUUUACCCAACAACAACAGGAGGGAACGUUGAUGUUACACUGGGGCCGUUUGAAGUUAAUUUUUCGGCUGAAGUCCCCCCGAAAAAUGAACAGUCAAUCAAAACGCUGGAUGACUCUCGCCAGUCACCUGAUUUACAUCAACCAAUGAAAUUGCCCACCUUU